AGGAAAGAUGCAUCCUUAUUUGUGCAAAAAAGAUUAGGCCCACCUCUUGUUAAUGUUGCUUUCUGAUUUCCUUUUAGCAAAAAUGUCCAUGGUACUAGCUUUUAUUUGGACUCCAAAGUCUUCAAUGAUGGCCACCAGCUACGAGAUGGAGGCUUCUGUAUUCCUUAUCAAUCCCUUGCUAGCUAUCAACCAGUGGCAGGCUAUCAAUCUGUAUCCUCUACCUGCAGCAACAUCCCACAGCAGUCAAUGCUAUUGAGCAAGGGAGUCUCUAUUACAGAGGUUCAAAUGGCCAUGCAAAUGAGGAAAAGGUCAAUUGAUGAGCUUACAAACCUACUACCCCAAAGAGAACCUAGCGAUCUCAUUGAAAACAAGACUGCUUUGAGUACAUGGAAGACUAAUAAGAGAAAGAAGGCUAAUUCCCCUGAAGAACCAUGGAAUCACCAAGCCAGAGAAUCAAUCAGCAUCCAAGAGCAAAAGUUGCAGGUGCCUGUGAGGAGAAGCCAAAAGCUGAGUGACAAAAUCACAGCUCUUCAAAAGUUGGUCUCUCCAUAUGGCAAGGCAGACACUGCCUCUGUUCUACUAGAGGCUUCUCUUCACAUCAAGCUCCUUCAAGAGCAAAUCCAGAAUCUGUUUCAGAUGCUGACAAGCUCACGCAAUAGUACAAGACCUAUUCAACAGUCACAGGAAGCUGAUGGUGAACUGCGAGACCUACAAAGUAGAGGACUUUGCUUGGUUCCCAGAUCGUUUAUGCUGAAAAAUGACUCAGCAGCCAGACCAAGUUGAUCCUAAUUCUGAUCCAAGGAAGAUCGUCUAUGCCAUAAAUUCCUAGUUUCUGCCCCCAAUUACACAUAUUCAGCUUGACCUCAACACAGCAGAAUUUUCUUCUUAAUCCACUUUAAAGCUCCCAUUAUCAAGGAAACUAGUCGCUUUCAUACUUAAGGGCACCAAUUUUGAUUGGUAUUUGGUGGGAUAUUUAGUUUUUUGUUAUGUUUGGGGACUUGACCUAUAAAGAGAUCUGAUUUCUUGUUCA